UGGAGUUAGCGUAGCACGUUGAGAUGGAGGCUGACCGAGAGAUGGAGGCUGAUCUUCAGUGCGGCGGCACAAGGCCUAAGCCCGAUGUUGAGCCCGUUGACCCCGAUGUUGAGCCCGAUGUUGAGCCCGAUGUCCGUUCGGAAUCCGAGAUUGAGCCAGGUCUGGGUCCCCGGGGAAUGGAUCUUGUGUGGAGUGCGUGGUGCGGGAAGUGCGUCAAAGAGAAAGGGUCGUCGCCACUCUGGGCCCAGCGCAUCGUGGUCGCCUGGCUCAGCAGGGCCGAGUGGGAUCAGGUGAUGGUGUAUCUGUUCAGUGACGACUAUAAAUUGCAGCGGUACGCGCUGAACCGCAUCACGGUGUGGAGGAGCAGGUUAGGCAACGAACUCCCCCUGGCAGUGGCUUCUACUGCUGACCUGGUACGCUGUAAGCUCAUGGAUGUAACUGGUGGCUUGGGCACUGAUGAACUUAGACUGCUCUAUGGCAUGGCAUUGGUCAGGUUUGUGAACCUUAUCUCGGAGAGGAAGACAAAGUUUGCCAAGCUCCCUCUCAAAUUCCUGGCUCAGGAGGUGAACAUUCCGGAUUGGAUUGUUGAACUUCGCCAUGAGUUAACCCACAAGAAAAUGCCCCAUAUAAAUGACUGCCGUAGGGGCUGUUAUUUUGUCCUGGAUUGGCUCCAGAACACCUAUUGGUGCCGCCAAAUGGAGAACAGCCUGAGAGAGACCUGGGAGUUGGAGGAGGAGAGGGAAGAGACAGAUGAAGAAGACCAAAAGGAAGAUAAGAAAAUUGUUGUUGAUGACAUCAAAGAACAGAAUCCAGAGCCUAAGGAUGAGGAGAAAGGUGUAGAGCUGAAUGUCAAGGCUGAUGGAGACCGCGAAGGCAACAAAGACAGCAAAGAGGUUGAUCCGCUUUUACAAAAGGCUCAGAGACAUAAACAGUUGUAUGAAAGAGCCCGAGAACUGCUGAUAUCCUAUGAAGAGGAGCAGUUUAAGGUGCUGGAGAAAUAUAGGCAUUUACCUCAGGCCAUUAAAGCGUGGAAUAACCUGUCCCCACCUGUAGAAUGCAUCCUGGCAGAGCUCAAGGGCAUUACAUUCGAGAACAGGGAGGCUGUGCUAGAUGCUUUUCUGGAUGACGGCUUUCUCAUCCCCACAUUUGAACAGUUGGCAGCUUUGCAGAUAGAAUAUGAAGAUGGGCAGACUGAGGUCCAGAGAGGGGAAGGUACUGAUCCAAAGUCACACAAAAACGUGGACUUGGAUGACGUCGUGGUGCCAAAGCCGUUCUCUCAAUUCUGGCAGCCCCUGCUUAGGGGCCUGCACUCCCAGACCUUCAUGCAGGCCCUGUUGGAGAGGAUGUUCUCUGAGCUGUCAACCUUGGGGAAUACUGGGAUCCGGUCCACCUACAUCCUCAGAUGGACCACUGAACUGAUUGUGGCUAACACCAAAACUGGACGGAAUGCCCGCCGGUUUUCUGCCAGCCAGUGGGAAGCGAGAAAGAACUGGAGGCUCUUCAACUGCCCUGCCUCCCUUGACUGGCCCCAGGUGGUUGAGUCCUGUUUGGGCUCACCUUGCUGGGCCAGCCCCCAACUUCUUCAGCUCAUCUUCAAAGCCAUGGGGCAGUUCCUGCCAGACAAGGAGCAGGAGAAGCUGCUACACAUCUGUUCCAUUUAUACCCAGAGUGGAGAAAUCCCGGUGCAGGAAGGUUCAGAGGCUUCCCCCAUUGGGAAGUCUCCAUACACAGUGGACAACCUUUAUUUGAUCCUCAAACCAGGAGGCUCAAGCUCUGGGCCUGAAGGAGAAGCCCAGCCACAGGAGGAGCAGGGCAGCCUGAAUGAUGUCAAGGAAAAUGAGAAGGAGAACAAAGAAGCCAUGGAAGACCAGGUAGAAGAGGAUGAAGAAGAGGAAGAGGAAAAUCAUCACCAGAAGUGGGAAGAAGAGGAGGAAGAUGAUGGUGACGAUGACAACAAUGACGGUGAUGAAGAUGAGGAGGAAGACAGGAUGGAGGUGGUACCUUUCUCUACAGAGGAAGAGUCCCCCACUGCUGAGAAUGCCAGGCUCCUAGCCCAGAAAAGAGGAGCUUUGCAGGAUUCUGCAUGGCAAGUUAGCUCAGAAGAUGUACGAUGGGACACUUUCCCCUUAGGUCGAAUGCCAGGUCAGACCGAGGACCCAGCAGAGCUUAUGCUGGAGAAUUAUGACACCAUGUAUCUUUUGGAUCAGCCUGUGUUAGAGCAGCGGCUGGAACCCCCAGCAUGCAAGACUGGGCAUCUUUGUAGCAAGGCCUGUGCAGGGCUCCAUGCUGUCCCUCGAAACUCACCUCUGGAUCACAAGUAUAGGAGCCCUUGGGUCAUCAGGGAGCCAGGAACCAAGCAACCCUUGCUGAGGGGUUCUGCUGGUAACACAAAGGAGCCCAUCAAGAGGGCCUGUACAUUCUGGAAUGCGGGGCUUUUGUGACCAGGACAAUCCUGUGAGUACAAGACAGAGACUUCUGUGGGCCCCUGAAACAAUCUGUCCCUGUGCCACCUGCCCACUUCAUAGAUGAACCCCUCUUCCUCUACACAUUCAGAGAGUGGGCUAUGGAACCCAGGGACCCCAGCAGCAUGCCAGGCCCAAGGCAGUGUUGUGGACUCUGUUGUAGGUCAGGGCAGCAGGCAUCUUGGAGAGUAGAGGAAGCAGCUGGGGAAGCCAGGUGGUCUGUAGUUGGGAGUGGGUCCCAUAUGUCUUGCGAGAGAGACCUCCUCUCCUUUGGUUAAAGGCUGUCUUGAUGAACAUCAAGUUAUCAAGGGUGAAGUGUAGGUAGGUAGAGCUAUUAAAUCCAGUCCUAAAUCCCUUGUAGUAGGGAGAAUUCUUUAGCUGGGGCUGGCAUGCCCACUCCUGCUCCUUGUCUCAGCUCUACUCUGACUUAUCUCUGUAAUGUUGAGCAAGUCCCUUCUCAUCUCUGAGCCUCAGUUCCCUUGUCUGUGAGAUGGUGAGUGAUGGGAGGGGAUGAGGCUAGAUAAUCUCUAAGGGUUUUUCAGCUACAUUAGUACCAUGGAUCUGCCUGAGAGGAAGGAUGAUGGCUUUGCUCUUAACUUUCACCCUCAUCUACCUGAAAUAACUUGACCUGCAGGAAGAAGGGGAAGCAAAAAGUAUUCUGAGCAGGGCCAGGGAAGGGGAAAGCAGUUUUCUCCCUAGGGUAAUUUUGCAAUCCUAGAAUGGGAGCUGGGCCAAGCCCUGCAGCCUAUACCUGGCUGUGGGCUCCUUAAUGAGCUAUUGGAGUGGGAGGGACCCAGCCCACUGUCCUCUGGGCCCCCAAGAUCUAGCACCUUAGAAGAAAGCCUUUUAAGGCAGCCAGUUUCAAUACCUCCCUGGGAGUAGGGUGGUGUGGUCUCCCUUUCCUACUUCAACCCAAAUAGCUCUGCUUUAAUCUGAUUUAUGUACUGGGGUUCUAGAUAAAGUUUCAUUUGAAAAGUUCUAUUCCUUUCCCUCUUCCUUCAGCUGAGGGGAAGGCAGAGCCACCCCUGGGGCCAGUCUUGAAGUGGUUUCUCAGAUAUAUUCCAGUCUCUUUGUAAAGCCAGGCAAGAGGGGAGGUCCUUCCCAUAGACACACAUCAAGCACCCUUAACCCCUCCAGAGCCUAAAACUGCCUCCUUCCCUGACUGACCACUCUUCUCCCCUCUCUCUGUAGCACCCUAGGCCUGAGCUGCAGCAGUGGCAGCAAUGACAGUGGCAACUUGAACCAACUUCUCUGGAGCCAGGAUGAGCUUCAUAUGCUCAAAGCUGGCGUACAGCUCUUCUGAUGACUGCCCUGGUAUAGGUGUUCAUUAAGUGU